GCAGCGGCAGUGGCGGCGGCGGGUCCGUGAGAGUAGCGUGGGGGCGGGGAGGAGAGGCGGCGGCGGCGUAGGAGCUACGCCACACGCGGCCGGGGCGCCGGGAGCUCGAAAGCAGAGCGGGGUCGUGGCGGCGGUGGUGAGAAGAGGGAGGCGGAGGAGGGGGGUGCCAUGGCGGGGCAGCAGUUCCAGUACGAUGACAGCGGGAAUACCUUCUUCUACUUCCUCACCUCCUUCGUGGGGCUCAUCGUGAUCCCGGCCACAUACUACCUCUGGCCCCGAGAUCAGAAUGCCGAGCAAAAUCGAUUAAAGAAUAUCAGAAAAGUAUAUGGAAGAUGUAUGUGGUAUCGUUUACGGUUAUUAAAACCUCAGCCAAAUAUUAUUCCUACAGUAAAGAAAAUAGUUCUGCUUGCAGGAUGGGCAUUGUUAUUAUUCCUUACGUACAAAGUUUCCAAAACAGACCGAGAAUAUCAAGAAUACAAUCCUUAUGAAGUAUUAAAUUUGGAUCCCGGGGCAACAGUAGCAGAAAUUAAGAAACAGUAUCGUUUGCUGUCACUUAAGUAUCAUCCAGAUAAAGGAGGUGAUGAAGUCGUGUUCAUGAGGAUAGCAAAAGCUUAUGCAGCUUUAACUGAUGAAGAGUCCCGGAAAAAUUGGGAAGAGUUUGGAAAUCCAGAUGGGCCUCAAGCCACAAGCUUUGGAAUUGCCCUGCCAGCUUGGAUAGUUGACCAGAAAAAUUCAAUUUUGGUUUUACUUGUAUAUGGAUUGGCGUUCAUGGUUAUCCUUCCAGUUGUUGUGGGCUCUUGGUGGUAUCGCUCAAUACGCUAUAGUGGAGACCAGAUUCUAAUACGCACAACACAGAUUUAUACAUAUUUUGUUUAUAAAACCCGAAAUAUGGAUAUGAAACGUCUUAUCAUGGUCUUGGCUGGAGCCUCUGAAUUUGAUCCUCAGUAUAACAAGGAUGCCACAAGCAGACCAACAGAUAAUAUUCUAAUACCUCAGCUAAUCAGAGAAAUUGGCAGCAUUAAUUUAAAGAAGAAUGAGCCGCCACUUACCUGCCCAUAUAGCCUGAAGGCCAGAGUUCUUUUACUGUCUCAUCUUGCUAGAAUGAAAAUUCCUGAGACCCUUGAAGAAGAUCAGCAAUUUAUGCUGAAAAAAUGCCCUGCCCUACUUCAAGAAAUGGUUAAUGUAAUCUGCCAACUAAUAAUAAUGGCCCGGAGCCGUGAAGAAAGGGAGUUUCGUGCUCCAACUUUGGCAUCCCUGGAAAACUGCAUGAAGCUUUCCCAGAUGGCUGUGCAAGGCCUUCAGCAGUUUAAGUCUCCCCUUCUGCAGCUCCCUCACAUUGAAGAAGACAAUCUUAGAAGGGUUUCUAAUCAUAAAAAGUACAAAAUUAAGACUAUCCAGGAUUUGGUGAGUUUAAAAGAAUCAGAUCGUCACAAUCUAUUGCACUUCCUUGAAGAUGAAAAGUAUGAAGAGGUUAUGGCUGUCCUUGGGAGUUUCCCAUAUGUGACCAUGGACAUAAAAUCACAGGUAUUGGAUGAUGAAGAUAGCAACAACAUCACAGUAGGAUCCUUAGUUACAGUGUUGGUUAAAUUGACAAGGCAAACAAUGGCAGAAGUAUUUGAAAAGGAGCAGUCCAUCUGUGCUGCAGAGGAACAGCCAGCAGAAGAUGGGCAGGGUGAUACUAGCAAGAACAGAACAAAAGGAGGAUGGCAACAGAAGAGUAAAGGACCCAAGAAAACUGCUAAAUCAAAAAAAAAGAAACCUUUAAAAAAAAAACCUACACCUGUGCCCUUAUCACAACCAAAGCAACAGAAACAAAAGCAGGCUAAUGGAGUCGUUGGGAGUGAGGCUGCAGUAAAGGAAGAUGAAGAAGAAGUUUCUGACAAAGGCAGCGACUCUGAGGAAGAAGAAACCAAUAGAGACUCUCAAAGCGAAAAAGAUGAUGGUAGUGACAGAGACUCUGAUAGAGAGCAAGAUGAAAAACAAAACAGGGAUGAUGAAGCAGAGUGGCAAGAAUUACAACAAAGUAUACAGCGAAAGGAGCGAGCUCUGCUGGAAACCAAAUCAAAGAUAACACAUCCUAUUUAUAGUCUUUACUUUCCUGAGGAAAAACAAGAAUGGUGGUGGCUUUAUAUCGCAGAUAGGAAGGAACAGACAUUAAUAUCUAUGCCAUAUCAUGUGUGCACACUAAAAGAUAUGGAAGAGGUAGAACUGAAGUUUCCUGCACCAGGAAAGCCUGGAAAUUAUCAAUAUACAGUGUUUCUAAGAUCAGACUCCUAUAUGGGUUUGGAUCAGAUUAAACCAUUGAAGUUGGAAGUUCAUGAGGCUAAGCCUGUGCCAGAAAAUCACCCACAGUGGGAUACAGCAGUAGAGGGGGAUGAAGACCAGGAGGACAGCGAGGGCUUUGAAGAUAGCUUUGAGGAAGAGGAAGAAGAGGAGGAAGAUGAUGACUAAGCAGUGCUAUGAAUGGACCACAGUAUUUGCACAUAUUUCAAAUGUUUGCUGUUUUGGAAGUGUGUAAUAAACCAGAAACAGUGCAGAACUGAUGUUGAAGGAGGUGUUAGUUCUUUGCUAGAAAUGGGUGCAUAAUAUAACUAGGCAGUGGUGGUGCCUUGGUACAGUCUGAAAAAUGCUUAAGGCUUGUGAAAGCCUUUCAAGUAUGGGAUGGUGCAUUUAUUUCAUCUGCAAAUGAUAAUAAACCCUUUGUUAUAACUGUCCAGAAGUGUGGGCUAUGUAUUAUCUGAUCAUUUAUGGUCCCAGUGAAAGUAAAGGUACAUGAAAAACCGUCUAUAAAUGAGCGACUUUACUUUGUUUAGCUUUAGUUUUAACAAACGUUAAAGUACGAUAAACACCACAAAUGUUUUAAGUAACAUCUGCUCAAGUUUUAAUCUCUUGGUAAGCUCUAUUCACUUAUUGACAUUUUGCAGUGAUACCAGAGUAUUUAUAACAGCUCCAUUCAUAGCUUUAAACAUUUUAUUUUUGCCUAUCUUGGUCGUAAGUUGGCAUUCUGUCACAUUCCACAUAAUAUAGAGGGCUACAUUUUGGGAUUUUCCUUCUUUUAAUUGCCCAGAGUUAUCAGAUUAUAAAAAUGGCUUUUAAUGGCUUAAAACAUUUUUAAGCCUCUAUUUUAGUAGAUCAAUACAGGAUCUAAUUCUUUUUAUAAGCUAUAGGUCUAAAAAUGAUUGUGGGACCAUAUGUUCUCUGAUAUUGGUGACUUAUGUUAUUAAACCUUUUUUAAAAGGUUCAUUAUAAAAGCUGAAAUACAUUCUUAGCUUUUAAUCUACCUGACUCUAUCAGAAGCCUUUUAAGGAAAAAAUAUAACAUGCAAACGAGGCAUUUUUUUGUAUUCAUUUUGGACUCCUGUCAAUAAAAUAGAAGUUUGACUC